GACGCCUAAAUUAUAAAAUUUUUAGGUGAAAUAAUGUCUCAUUGUUCAGCUAACCAUAUUUUAAGUAAUUUUAACGACAUGUCAAUCAAGCAAAUUUCUAAUAACUUUUUGGAAGAACUUAAAUUUGAUGAAGAAAUUGAUUCGUGGCCAUUAAUGAAAACACCAUGGCCUAUAUUAAGUAUUCUUGCAGUUUACUGGUUGUUUGUGGUGAAAGUAGGACCAAAGUGGAUGGAAAAACGAAAACCGUUUAAUUUAAAAUAUAUUAUGAUGAUUUACAAUCUUUCGCAGUUAUUAUUCAAUGGCUACAUGCUAUGGCGAGUUUACAAGCCUGAUGUAAUCAAUUCUCUUUGGAAACAUAGGUGUAGCCUAGACGAAGAAGAUCAUAGUGAAAAACGUUUUGUUUAUAUUACUGCUAAUGAAAUUGUAUGGCUUUAUAUUAUGAACAAAAUAAGUGAUUUAUUGGAUACGGUUUUCUUUGUCUUGAGGAAAAAAGAAUCACAUGUAACAUUUUUACAUUUAUUUCAUCAUAUGGAUAUGUCUUUUUCCAUGUGGAUAUAUUUGAGAAUUAUAAAAGACCAAUUUAUUGUGUUACUUGGUUCUAUAAACAUGAUUGUGCACAUGAUUAUGUAUAGCUACUACUUUUUAGCAUCACUUGGACCCAAAAUGCAAAAAUAUUUAUGGUGGAAAAUAUACUUGACACGUUUGCAAAUAGCUCAAUUUGUGUUUGUAAUUAUAUACCUCGGAUCAUUAUAUACUGUUGAUUGUUCUUUUCCAAAGAUUUUUACUAUAUAUAUGAUUACACAUAUUGCAUUGUUUUUAUAUAUGUUUAUAAUAUUUUAUAAGAAAACUUAUCAAAAAACAAAGUCUGAGUAAUGAACUUUAUUUAAUUAUGAUUAGUAUUG